GAUAUCUCCAUCUGGCUCUUUGGAUAUCCCCGUCCAUUCGCAAGCAUGCCAAAGAUCGAAGAAAUCGACUCGGACGAGGAGCGCGAGUUCAUCCGCAACAUCCACAAGUACGGCUCCGCCCAGGCCGACCAGGGCUCAGACUCGACAUUCAAUGAAGAGGACAUCAAGGAGUUCCACGAGUCCAACUCGACUCGUCGUCGCAAGGCCCCGCAAAAGUCUUGCUGCGGCGCCGCAUCUCUCGAACCGGACGACCCACUCGAGCUUGAGUUCCAAAAAGAGGACGAUGAAAGGGCCCGGAGCCCGUGGACGUUCAUCGGCAAAGCCCUGACCACGGCCCUUAUCGUCGUCAUCUUGGUGGGCAUGGUUGUCGAGGGCCUUGGUCCUGUCCUCAAGAUGUUUGGGUCGUCAAAGUCGUCGGCCCCGCCAAAGUACCGGCCCUUCCCGUCCGCAACCAGCCAGCCCAUUCCCAAGACGCUGGCCCUGCACACCGUCAAGGAGCUCCAGAAGAUGUCUGGCAAGGAGCUCCGGAUUCUGCUGUGGCAGCGCAGCGUCAGCACCCGCGGCGCCACCGAAAAGAAAGAGUUUGUCGAUUUGAUCAUCAACAGGAUCGUCACCGAGGACCUCAACAAGCUAUCCCUUGCCCAGCUGCAGGAUCUCCUCCGCAACGCCCGAGUCCGGUUUCAGCCUAAGGACAAGAAGGCCGACCUCAUCAAAAAGUACCUCAGCUCAUAAUUCUGCGCCGGUUUGCCUUGUAUCCUUCCACACAAUGCGCCUUGCUUCUUGCUUCUCCGGUUCUGGAGGCACUUUCGAUACCAAUCAGAUCGGAUUCGAGAAUGUGUCGAUGUCCGGCUUGGAGCAUACGCCCCGACUUGGCGCUGGCUCUGAGGUCAGCCUGUGUCGCCAUUUCCAGGGCCCUACACUUUAUUCAGAAAAAAACGGGACAAUAUAGCCGUUUCCAUGAACAUGUAGUAUGUGCUGUGCUUGCGUCAAGCAAAGCCA